GAGAACCAGACUCCUCUCUUUCAGCUAGAUACAUGAAGGAACAGUUAUUGGAUCAUCAUUUUCUGUGAAAUCUAAAAAAAUUGUGAAAUCAUUUUUGCUUUUCCAUUCUUAUUUUUUGGGUGGUAAAGGCUGUCAUCAUUCUGUUAAUCAGGAUCGACCGUUUGGUGAGACAGACCAACCGACCAACUCGCCCUUUGGCGCGUAAGGAUAAGUACACACCUUCCAACCAAUAAAACGCCCAGUAGGCGAAACAAAAGCGCAAGCCGUGCCCUCCUAGCCGACCAGUAGUGUUUGGUGAAGUUUUCAGCACCACGAACCAGAGAACAGCGACAGUCACAGGCGCGCGCGACAAUAGUAUAACCAUGGAUCCAUCCACUGCCCCCGGUGCUGAACUGGCUGAUUUCGAGUUGUACUCGGUGAUUCCAUCCAAUGUAACCUACCCGGACGACGAAAUGGGGUUCGAGCCCAAUGGGGGAAACUACACACAUCAGCUCCCGGUUCAGAGCGCCUCCAAUAUUAUAGUAGCCAUCUCCAUCACGGCGCUCUACUCCGUUAUCUGCGUGGUGGGAUUGCUCGGGAAUGUCCUUGUGAUGUACGGGGUGGUGAGAUACACCAAGAUGAAGACAUCCACCAACAUCUACAUCUUUAAUCUGGCUCUAGCGGACGCCCUAGCCACCAGCACACUGCCCUUCCAGAGCGCCAAGUACCUGAUGGGGACCUGGGCGUUCGGAGAGGUCCUCUGUAAGGUGGUCAUCGCCAUCGACUACUACAACAUGUUCACCAGCAUCUUCACCCUGACCAUGAUGUCUGUGGACCGUUACAUCGCUGUGUGCCACCCAGUGAGAGCCCUGGAGUUCAGGACGCCUGCCAAGGGUAAGAUCAUCAAUGUUCUGAUCUGGGUUCUGUCCUCUGCCAUUGGAGUGCCCAUCAUGGUCAUGGCUGUGACCAAAACGACAGACAGUGGUCAGACUAUGUGCACGCUGAAGUUCCCCGACCCUGACUGGUACUGGGACACGGUCACUAAGAUCUGCGUGUUCAUCUUUGCCUUCAUCGUCCCUGUCAUGGUCAUCACCAUCUGCUAUGGUCUGAUGAUACUGCGUCUGCGCAGUGUCCGCCUGCUCUCCGGCUCUAAGGAGAAGGAUCGCAACAUGCGCCGCAUCACCCGCAUGGUCCUCGUGAUCGUCGCGGCCUUCAUCAUCUGCUGGACACCCAUCCACAUCUUCAUCAUCAUCAAGACCCUGGUGGAGAUCAACUCUAGGAACCCCUACGUGAAAGCCAGUUGGCACCUCUGCAUUGCACUGGGCUACAUGAACAGUAGUCUCAACCCCGUUCUCUACGCUUUCCUGGAUGAGAACUUCAAGAGGUGCUUCCGGGACUUCUGCCUGCCCUGCCAGACCCGCGUGGAACGCAACUCUCUCAACACGGGUCGGAAUGCCAACAGGGAACCCGUGUCAGUCUGCGCUCCGAUUGCAGCUGGGAAGGAAAGGAAGCCUGUAUGACUAGGCAUGGACCAGAUCCCUUGUGGUUCUGGUUCUCAAUCCAGGAGGGCCCAGCAAGACUUGCAGUCUGAGGUCACCCAGAUCUCCACAACAGAGUUCUGACAGGAUAAACAAUGAUUUAGUGAGACUCACACAGUUGUCAGUAAAGAGGGACCCAAACCACAGCAUAGGUUUUUUUUUGACCACAUCAUUAAUAUUCCUCCCAGUGAGAUUUAGGAAUGUUCUUUAUUGUUGCUCAGAAGGAGACAGAUUCAAUGUUUCACCAUAAAUCGUUUCCCGCUAUCCAGAGACAAUCUGUGACGGUGCCAGGGCUUUUUGAGUAGCGCAUUUCUGGUUUGUGACAAAUGGAUGUCUGGCUGCAGAGAGAAUACACAGGAUGUUGUCAAGGACAGUUGUCCAAAGAGUGCCACAUGGUUUCAUCAAUUAGUCAUCCUUGUUUCUGACUGAUGACAAGCUGCACAAAUAUGGGACUGGGGAUGUUUUUAAAAUAUAGGCAACAGGGUAAGGGAAACCACCAAAUGAGUACAUACAGUGCAUUCGGCAACUAUUCAGACCCCUUUUCUACAUUUUGUUAUGUUACUGCCUUAUUCUAAAAUGUAUUCAAUUACAGCCUCAAGUCUUCUUGGGUAUGACACUACAAGCUUGGCACAUCUGUAUUUGG